UUCUCCACAACGCUGUGCAGUCCAGUCCUGUUUGGCUGUGUCACUGUGUGUGGCGCCGUGUAUGUGUAGCUAGGGCUAGUGGUGUACCUAGCGCCUUGUACAAGCUAGGACUAGUGCUUCUCCCGUCCUCCUCUUCUCCCCCUACCUAGCUUGCUUCUGCUAUAAAGGGCGCCGGCGGAGGCAGGGUAAUCGAUAGGGAAGGAGGCGAGAUGACUCGAUCAAGGCCGACGACCACCAUGGGGGGAUCAGUGCCAGACCACCACCACCAGCAGCAGCAGCACGACGGGGAAGUGGACGGUGGGCAGCUGCAGCACGGCGGCGAGCACGUGGAGACGGUGAUGCCCGGGUUCCGUUUCCACCCGACGGAGGAGGAGCUGAUCGAGUUCUACCUUCGUCGCAAGGUGGACGGCAAGCGCUUCAACAUCGACCUCAUCGCCUCCGUCGACCUCUACCGCUACGACCCAUGGGAUCUCCCCGCACUAGCGUCGAUCGGGGACAAGGAGUGGUUCUUCUACGUUCCUCGGGACCGCAAGUACCGGAACGGCGACCGGCCGAACAGGGUGACGCCGUCAGGGUACUGGAAGGCAACGGGGGCGGACAGGAUGGUGAAAGUCGUGGAGGGCAACCGCUCCAUCGGCCUCAAGAAGACGCUCGUCUUCUACGUUGGCAAGGCACCCAAGGGACUCCGCAGCAGCUGGAUCAUGAACGAGUACCGCCUGCCACACGGUGAAACCGAACGGUACCAAAAGGAAAUUUCGCUCUGCCGGGUCUAUAAACGCCCAGGGAUUGACGACAACUUCCACCUCACCGGCACAACAACAAGGUCGUCUGGCUCCAGAGCGGCGGCAACGAGGCACAGUACAGCAGCACACCGGACGUCAGCGGUGGCAACUCACCGCCAGCAGCCGCCAGUGUUUGUCGAAGGCGCCGGUCACCACUCAUCAUCUGCUCUCAAGGCGUACAACGCGCACACGACCCAAGGAACAAAUGCAGCCAGCACCAUGACAUCACUGUCGGCGGCAGGGGUGACGCCACCGGCGAUGUUCCGGUCGACGGCCUCUGUAGCCUCGCUGAGCUCUACGAAUUCGACAGAGGAGGAUGGCACGUCGCUCUACCACCACCACCUGAAGGGACACAACAACCCAGCAGUAAUGCAACUGCAUUCUUCCACUCACGCUGCGCUGCUCAACACCAAUUCCUCGGCAAUGGCGACCAUCCCGAUCGACGAGCUGAGUCGGGCGAUUGGGUCCUACAGUCAAGCUUCAAACCCUAACCAGCCCACGGCGCCAAUGCAGGGCCCAUUGCUUAACUUCCCUAGCUUGGAGAAGAUCUGGGACUGGAAUCCUCUCCUAGAAUCUCCAAAGGUUUGCACAAGCUUCAAGUAACUUCUUAGUUGCGUGAAUGGAUCCAUGCACUUAUCAUAUAUAUGCCUCCCAUUAUUUGUAUACUUAUGUAUAUGUGGACAAUUAUCCGAGCUAGCAAGGCUAUAUAUGUAAUGGAAUAGGUAACAAAUUAAGGCGGUUUUAGUCCCAUGCAAUUAAUUUGUGUAACACUGUCUGUCCAUUUCAAUUCCGAAUAAAGGUUAAUCAAAAUUAUAGAUAUGUGAUCCAA